AUUUGCUGCUUGGGAAUAAAAUUUAUAAAUGAAUUCACCUGAUAAAUCACCAUUGUUCAAGUUUAUCAUCAUUGGAGAUGCAGGUAAUCAUAAACAAUCUAAUAUUUUAAGGAGUUGGCAAAUCGUGCUUAUUGAUGAGAUACAUGAAGGAUGACUUUACGACUGAGUACAAUGUGACCAUUGGAGUAGAAUUCUUAUCUAAAAUUGUUAAAGUUGACCAAAAUACUUAAGUGAAACUGUAAAUCUGGGACACUGCUGGUCAAGAGUCUUUUAGGUCUGUUGUCAGAUCCUUUUAUAGAAAAGUUGCCGCAGUUUUCCUAGUCUACAGCAUUGCCAAGUAUCGUAUUCAAAUUGAAAUCCCCUAGUAAACAAUCUCUCGAAAGACUCGACUCAUGGUUAAAGGAGGCUAAGGAUCACUCGUCCCCAUCCAUUAUUACAGUUUUAGUGGGUGCCCAGAAUGAUAGAGAAUCAGAGUAUUUCAUUAUUAUUAGCCAUAGACGAGAAGUAUCCUAUGAGGAAGGUAAAUAUUGGAUGGAAACAAAUGGACUGAAUCUCUUCUUUGAAACUUCUUCAAAAACUAGAGAAAAUGUAGAAGAGGUAAGCACUGCUUAAAUAAUCAGGCAUUCACCGAAACAGCAAAAUUAGUAUUCUUGAACCACAUUAAUGGAGGUGCCGAUAAUGAAGCCAAGUUGCCUGCUCUGAAUUAAACCGAUCUAACUGUUAAGAAGCUUCAUCAACCCUUAGAAAAACCUGAUAAAAAAAAUGAUGAAAACAAAAGUUGCUGUUGAU